AUUCACGCGUAUUUCAAGGCGGUACUCCUAGUAACUAGUAGUUCUACGCACAAAGACAUUGUGUGUCUACAACUAUAAAGCACUUGUAUUGCCAUUCCGAUUUGAUCAUCCCAUCAUUUUCUUCUCCUCAAAUAUUUCUUAGUGUUUACAUUUUAGAUUCAAGAUGGUAAAAGAUAGAAAGAUUGGAGUAGCUAUGGAUUUCUCAACAAGUAGUAAGGUUGCUCUACAAUGGGCAAUUGAUAACUUACUUGACAAAGGUGAUACCAUUUAUAUCAUUCACUGCAAGCAUGAGGAUAGUCUUGAGACUGGCAAUCUUCUCUGGGCCAAAUCCGGUUCUCCUUUGAUUCCAUUGACGGAAUUUAGAGAAUCGGAAGUGAUGAAGAAGUACGGGAUGAAGUGCGAUGCGGAACUUCUUGACACGCUUGAUACUACAUCUAGACAGAAGGAGAAGGUGACUAUCGUUACAAAGAUAUAUUGGGGUGAUGCGAGGGAGAAGAUAUGUCAAGCAGUUGAGGAUUUGAAACUUGAUUCUUUAGUCAUGGGUAGCCGUGGACUUGGUACACUCCAGAGGAUUAUAAUGGGGAGUGUGACAAAUCAUGUAAUAACGAGUGCGAAUUGUCCGGUGACUGUUGUCAAGGAUCCAGCCCAUCACUAGUCAAGAGAUGUCGAAGACCGUAGCUAAUUGAAUUCAGGAAGAUCGAAAUGAAAUUGUUCUGUUUUGAUCAGUGAAAUGUUACUAAAAAUAAGUGUUCGAUUAGGGUGCUACGAUCAUCUGUUUGUGUUGUUUUUGGAACAAUUGAAAUGGGAAUGUGUUGUUUUUACUUUUUUCUAAUUAUUUUGGGCGUUCAUGACCAACAUCAUGCUUUCUGCUCUUCUUGAUUA